AUGGAACAGCUGCCUACGGACGUCAUCACACACAUGCUCGCUCAUAUGAGCGCAGCAGAGAGCAGUUCUGUCCAGAAUUCAAUGCUUACCGUCUCAAAGUCCGAUUACCUCACUGUCCUACCCAUCCUAUAUCGCUCGGCGCGUAUCACCUCCCGUCUCGCGGCGCACUCAUUUCUACUCGGCGCCACUCCAAUCGAUGUCCCCAGCGGCGUCGAGGAGCUCUCGACCGCGGAACUACUCAGCGCGGGUCACUACAAGCUCGCGGCGCUGCGAUACGUCCAGCAUAUCUAUGUCGACCUCGACGCUCUCCGGGCUGGCUACCGCGUCGAUGGCAGCUAUGCAGCCGUCGAUGGGCCCGGCCUAACGUCCAACCAAUUUCUCUCGGCACUGGAGGCUUUACCUCGAGAGGUGUUGCCGUCGCUGGAGACGGUAUCGGUCGCUCAGCGAGAGCUGGGAAAGCGUCUCCGCUACGAGGACGUAGGUCUCGCUUGCUAUUCGGAUCUGGGCCAGGAACGGGUCGUCACUCGACUUUGGCAGCAGAUCCCCCUGGGCCCGGUUCGCCUCUCCUCUUCUUCCACGCCCAUGGCCCACUUCCCGUCCGCUCUGCGGAUUUGGCACGUCCAUGCCUUACAGACCUUCGCAAUCAUCCCUGGCGGCACGACCGAAAUCCACGUUCCUCCCGGUUUUCCUCGGUCCCGCUCUUCCCACCUCCCCUUCAAUUGGGAUCAUGUGGUCUUCGAUGAUCCCCCGAAAGAGGCGGAUCUCGGUCUUUGGAUCGGCGCCCAAGUCUGCUCUGCGCUGCUCAAAGCUCAGCUGCAGAUCGACCAAGGCGGAGAACAGCGUCAAGCGGUCAUUGACCGAACUCGGGUCGUCAUUGUUGGUCUUUUCCCCUACUCGACCCGCUGCGACCCUCAGGAGCGUAGGGAGGCGGAGCAUGUCUUUGCACAGACCGUCGUCGCCGCAGCCAAGUCAUUCCUCAGCAGGGUGACGACGGCGAUGACGGACCUGACUCGAGUGCGGAUUGAGCUGCGGAAGGCGGACAAGGCACAUCGGUGUCAGGCGUGUGGGGACCACGGUGCUGCGCAGUGA